AUGACUGAAAUUCAGCAAUUGGAGACAAGGAAAGCAGGAGGAAGGCUAGAGGAAGUGAUGAGGGAAGCUGCCACCACACCACUGACUGCACAUUUGGCCAAAGCUCUUAUUUCCCAAAAGUGUCCUAUCCCAUCCUUCGAAUGUAACGAUGGAUCCAGUGACCUCGCAACCCAUCUUCGGUACUACAAUCGUACUUUAUCCCGAUGGGAUCAGGAUGACGUGUUCCUAUGCAAAUACUUCCCUUCAAGCUUGAAAGGAUUGUCUUUAUCGUGGUUCGAUAACCUACCACCCAAUUCCAUCGACUCGUACAGCCAGCUCACUGAGAAAUUCUUAAGGACUUACAUGUACAACAAGGCCUUCAACGCGGGAAUGGACAAGCUCUUCUCGUUAGCGGUCGCAUACAAAGAAACCAUCAGGAAAUAUACCGAUAGGUGGCACAAAAUCUGUCAAGCGAUAGGGAACGUGGAUCCGGUGUUCAGUAUCAAUUGCUACAAGUGGGGAUUGGAUAUGAUGAGCCCUCGGUUUGUUGAGAUUCAUGGAAGUGUCCCCACGACCGAAGAAGACCUUCGAGUAAUCAUCGAAAAGCCUGCCAGAUUGGAGGAAAUCCAGCGGGAGAAUCCUAGGACCCAGACGCAAAGAUCUCAUCGGACUAAUUCGCUGGAACAAGCCAGCGGAUUCAAAAGAGGCAGCUCGUCCGAACGUUCCAACGAAGAUAAGAGAGGACGAAGGGAUGAUCGUCGGCGUGAUGAUCGGAAAUUCGAAGAUCAAGUUUUUACGAAGCUGAACACCAACUACACUCGCAUCCUAAGGGAGAUUAGGGAUCAAGAAAACCUAAAAUGGCCUUGGUCCAAAGGAAAGCAUCCACCCAGGUCUGAGAAGUCAAGAGAUUACUUUGAGUACCACUGCUUCAACGGGCAUCAGACUGAAAAGUGCUAG